UAUUCCCAUAAUGCUGUGCGGCUGAGCGCCUCCGAGCCCGCGGGGACGCUGCGGGGGAGCCCCGGCUGAGGAGGCGGUGGCAGCAGCAGCGGCGGCGGCGGCGACGUGGGCUGCGGCGGGCCCGCGGCGUCGGGCGGUGCGGAUGUCGGGCUGGGCGGACGAGCGCGGCGGCGAGGGCGACGGGCGCAUCUACGUGGGGAACCUUCCUACAGACGUGCGCGAGAAGGACUUGGAGGACCUGUUCUACAAGUACGGCCGUAUCCGGGAGAUCGAGCUCAAGAACCGGCACGGCCUCGUGCCCUUUGCCUUCGUGCGUUUCGAGGACCCCCGAGAUGCUGAGGAUGCCAUUUAUGGAAGGAAUGGUUAUGAUUAUGGCCAGUGUCGGCUUCGUGUGGAGUUCCCCAGAACAUAUGGAGGUCGCGGUGGGUGGCCCCGUGGUGGUAGGAAUGGGCCUCCUACAAGAAGAUCUGAUUUCCGAGUUCUUGUUUCAGGACUUCCUCCCUCAGGAAGCUGGCAGGACCUGAAGGAUCACAUGCGAGAAGCUGGGGACGUGUGUUAUGCAGAUGUACAGAAGGAUGGAAUGGGGAUGGUUGAGUAUCUCAGAAAAGAAGACAUGGAAUAUGCCCUGCGUAAACUGGAUGACACCAAAUUCCGCUCUCAUGAGGGUGAAACUUCCUACAUCCGAGUUUAUCCAGAGAGAAGCACCAGCUAUGGCUACUCACGGUCUCGGUCUGGUUCAAGAGGCCGCGACUCUCCAUACCAAAGCAGGGGUUCCCCACACUACUUCUCUCCUUUCAGGCCCUACUGAAACAGGUGAUGGGAACUUUGUCUUUAUUUUUUAGGCAACUGAGCUGCUUUGUGCUCAGAAUUUACAUUCCAGAUUGAUGAUUUAGUGUCUUAGGAAAUUUUUUAAAUUUUUUUUUUAAGGAAAUAAAACUACAUAAUUUCUACCAGGGCCAUAUUAGCAGUGAAAGAAACAUUUUCAACUGCAGGAAUUGUGGUUUUGUUUCAGAAAGAACUUGUGUAUUUUUCACCCCUGAUUAUGGGGGAAAAAUCAGUGCUGUCUUUGUGGGUUGUUCUGCUCUGAGAUCAGCAGUUACUAUGACUGAGUGGGCCCAUUCUGUUUAGAAAUAUAUUUUAAACGUUUA